UGCAGUGUCAUAAUUGCAAAUCCCCUUCGCUUCCAUUCCAUCCACGGAUUGAAGAGGAGAUGGAGGCGGCGGGCGGGCAGCUGGAAGCGGCGCUGCUCCUCAUUAUGCAACGCCACCACCACCAUUCCCUUCAUCAGCGCAAGAUAACCGUGCCAAGUGACCUUUUUUGUUCCCCGUCAAUACAUACAGACAGAGAAAAGAUCGAUGCAGUGAGGAGCGCGGCGCGGGUUGCAGAUCUUCUCGUGGCCACGGUUGAUGGCGGAGCGCAGGAGCUCUACAUCAACGAGAGGCGCAUAGAGAUUGAAGCCCGCGCGCUGCUUGCUACAAUCGCACGGUACAAGAAGCAGACUGACCAGUGGCUUGCCGCCACCAACGCAAUCAACUCUGUCUUGAAGGAAAUUGGAGAUUAUGAGAACUGGAUGAAGAUCAUGGAUUUCGACUGUAAAAGUAUAAAUGCAGCUAUCCGUAACAUUCACCACUCCUGACUUUGCUUUCGACUAUGGUGUUAGGAAGAUUUUAUCUACUCAGUUGGCACUGUUGUUCUUUUUCUUUUCCCCUUUGAGUUGUCAACUCUGUUGUAUAGGACUGGCUUGCUCUACACAAUUGAAAAACAAAACCUUCCCAAUCAUUUUACUGGGAAACCUUCCGUGGGAAACAAUAUAUUUUGUUGCAAAUAUUUGUCUACCUCAGAAAAUAAAUAUUGGUUCUAAGGAGAAAUCUCCAUCUACUA